AUGAGGCUAGUGAAGACAAAAGAUCAAGAUGAUGCUAAGCAAACCUGGUAUCCUGACAGCUUCCGGGACUUCUGCUCUGCCUUUGGUCGUGUAUGUCUGACUCCCGAUGCAGGCCCCUCGGUCAUGACAAGUAUUGGCAGAAGCGAAAUACGAGAGCCGGCGCAUGUCGGGAAGCUUGGGGUCGGUAAAGUUAGGCGUACCUUCGCUGAAUUCGAAAUUGGCGCAUGUCGACGGGGGAGAUUGUAA